AUGCUGUGUUUGGUGCAACGCACGGCGGUAGGUGACAGGGUUGUAGGAGCGAGUGCCGAUGGGCGCUCACAACACAACCAGCGGCUCAGGACUCUGCGCCAGGCCCCCUUUUUGCACCCAGGGGCCCCGCCGGCGCGGCGUAUCGCCAACUCAGCGUGGCCAGCCUGGAGGCCAUGA